UGCGAAGGCUGCUUCAUGUUGUGGAGCCAAGAGGCGCACAGAAGUGGAGGGGGGAGUUCUAGCGAGCCAAUCGCAGGCAACAUCCUGUUAAUCAAAAAGCGGCUUCCAGCGCACGAGAGAAAGACAACGAGAGACAGACAGCACACGCACAGGAAGCAGGUACUUGCUGUCAGAGGACUCUCUGCAGAGAACGCUGAAGCGGCAGAAAAAAAGAGGAAAAAACAAACAAACAAAGCAGCCCACACCUUAACAUCAAGCGCUAUUCUCGGGGUUUAUUUCUCAGCGAUAAGAAGAGGCAUGGACAACAGCACAACCUCCAGCGACAAAGCAGUGCAGCGCUCCAAGUCAUUCAGCCUGAAGCCGCAGGCAAAGGAGCUCUGUGCCUCCUGUGAGAAGACUGUGUACCCCAUGGAGCGCCUCGUCGCCGACAAGAACGUCUUCCACUCGUCCUGCUUCUGCUGCAAGCACUGCAACACCAAGCUGAGCCUGGGCAGCUACGCGGCGCUCCACGGGCAGUUCUACUGCAAACCGCACUUCCAGCAGCUCUUCAAGAGCAAAGGCAACUACGACGAGGGCUUCGGCCGCAAGCAGCACAAGGAGCUGUGGAGCGUGAAGGAGGCAGAGAGCGGCACCAAGACCGCCUGACCAGCCCCGCGGCUCCGAGACCUGCCUCUACAGCCAUUCACACAGCGUCCUGCUAGAGCUGCUGCUCCUCCUUCUUUUUCUUCUUCUUAUUUUAAAGCAUACUCUUUUUAAAAACCUUGUAUCUUAACAGCGUGCACUCAGGAAAGUGCUGCCACAAACAAGCAUUCCCUGCAUCCUCAAAGAAGGAAUACAUGACCCAGAAAAGCAUUUGGAGGAGGCUGUCUCUGCAAGCCCUUCCACAGGGGCAUCGGAACAAGUCUGCAUUGCAUUGAUAGGAUCUUGUUUAUUUAAUUGUGUUCAGGCUUUCCCUUGUUUGCAUGGUGCUCUUUUCCAGAGAUGCCAUGCCCCGGGGGGAGGGUUAUUCAGACCUGGCUCAAUGCUUGGGGAUCUCCAGGCUCCACGACCGCUCCUCAGCAUGCUGUCCUCAUCCACCUGAGCCACUCCGAAAACAAGCCCACCACCUGAGACUGGCAUGAACUGCACGCCGAGCUGCUCAUUGGUCACAAAGUUUUAAAGUCACAUUUGCAAAGUCAAGAACCACAGUCCUCUUGGUACCAAGCCAUCUAACAGAACUGGAAUUCUAACCAGAAUCUCUCCAAGCGCCAUGCACGAUCCCAGUGUGGCUCAGUCUGUGGGGUCUCAGAAGUCGGGAUUCCCAGGAAAACGGAUGCUUCACUGCUGGCUGCUUUCUUUCUUUCUUUCUUUCUUUCUUUCUUUCUUUCUUUCUUUCUUUCUUUCUUUCUUUCUUUCUUUCUUUCUUUCCUCCUCCUCCUCCUCCUCCUCCUCCUCCUCUCCCCUACCUCACGUGGAACAACCCAGGGUAUCAUGUUUGAGACUCCAAUCUCUUCAGCAGGGCUCCUGCCUUCAGUCACUGAAUCUCAGUCUUUGUUAAGGAGAAUGGCAUUUGUUUUUUAUAUGAUCUGAAAUUUGAAUUUUAGAGAAUUGUUUUUAAUGUUAAUUGAAAUGUUGAGGUAUCUGCAGAUAUCUUCGCUUGCUUUUAUAACUGGCUGCAGUCAGCGAGAGAAUGCUUGUCACUUCAGGUAUGUUCUUAUUUCAGCAUCUCUGUAGGAACGGGGGUAGGUCUGGCGCUCAUCUCCAGAGAGGUAUUAAACUGGGUUUGCAAUGCUGGGUUGCUUCAUAGUUUCCGAAAGAAAGGAAAUCAAACAAACCUUUUUACUGCUGAAGCAUAUUAGAAAACAUUUGGAACCUUUUAAUGUCUUGUCUCUUUGUUAGUAAAAUAAAAUUCUAUUGUUUUA